CUCGGCUUAAAGCUGUCACUGUAUUUUGCAUUUAAUAUUUUAUGCGUCGAUGGAAAUAACAAUUGAAUAGAAAUGUUAUGACUACUACAAUUGGACUUAUCACUCUCGCGUGCUAAUUCUUAACAAUGAAUACAAUGCUAUGACAUAAUCUCAGUAGUUGAAAGACAGGAUAAAAAAAAUGUCUUAAUAAAUUAUAUAAAUAGGGUGAUGUGUAACUAAAUAUUAAAAAGAAAAUAAAUAAUAAAUAAAUUAUCAAAUGACAAUAUUUAACACACUUAAUGCUCCUGUUGCUGCAUCGAAAAAUGAUUAUGAAAGAGCGUCCUAUUCAAAUCGUAUACUUACUUCUAAAUAUAAUUAUUUCAUUUGAUUUCUUCUCAUAAAAGAUAACGAAAGGACAAUUGAAAAAAUCUGUAACCUUGUGGGCACGUGCAGUAUAUAAAUCUGUUAUGAUAUAAAUAACCAUGACCUUUACUUUAAUAUAACUUCAUCUGGGAUUAAAACCAUUUGACAAGGUAGAAAUCACGUGGCAAAGGUUAAAUAAAUACAUCAUUUUACGCGCAUGUUUUACUGCAUUGAAACUGACUUAGACUGCUGACAGCAAUGGAGCCCGACUAUAUGAUAGCAGUGGCAAUUUUACUAGCUGUUGCCAACGUCUGUCAUGCAGAAUGUCAAACACGCUCAGUUUACUGUUAUGAAUGUGAUUCAUGGACGGAUCUCAGAUGCAAGGAUCCUUUCAAUUAUACUGCACUACCAAAAGAUCAACCACCGCUCUUGACUUGCAAUGGGUGUUGUGUUAAAAUGGUCCGUAAUGCCAAAUCACCAUAUGAAAGUGUUCGAAGAACGUGUACAUCACAAUUACAAAUAAAUUUAUUCAUGGUGGACCACGUGUGCAUGAUGGAAAGUACCGGCACUGGUCACAUGUGCUUCUGUGAGGAAGAUAUGUGCAAUAGGGUAUCUCAUUCCUCAAGCUCAAAUAACAUUCUCCUGAUCCUAUCUACUUCAUUUCCAAUCCUUAGUUCGCUCCUAGGAGCUCAGGCUUGCUUAGUAGGUCGCUGUGAUUAUCACCACUGUAUCUACAUUAUUUGUUCUUAUAUCCUGUAGAGGCCCUGAAAAAUUUUAGAAUACACUUCGAUUGUUUCAACGUGAAACUAUCGAACAGCAUUCCAACA